UUUUGCACAAAAGCUUGUUCUAUGCUAAAAGAAUGAAACCCCCAUCAUGGUUAAAUCUAGUUUGUUCCUUUUUGAAUACCAAAAAACCAAAGGAAAAUAACACAAAGGGUGUCAAUAAUGGAACACAAAUAAGUAAAGAUCGCGGUACCGAAACAAAACCAACGAGCACCGAUGAAACACAACCUAGUAACGAUCGAAUUAACGAGCUCAAGGCCUUUGAUGAAUCUAAAGCCGGGGUGAAAGGGUUAGCCGAUACUGGACCAACAACAAUCCCUAGCAUUUUUAUAAGACCACCCGAGGAACGGUCCAAGGAUUAUAGUAUAUGUCCUAAAAAUAUAAGUGUGCCCGUUAUAGACAUGAAGGGACGUGAUAUUCGAACACGAGAUAUAUUUGCAAAGGAAUUGACUGAGGCCGCUAAGGAAUGGGGAUUUUUCCAAGUGGUAAAUCAUGGGAUUCCUUUGGAUUUGUUACAAAAUAUGAUUAAAGUAACACAAAUGUUUCAUGAACAAGAUGCUGAUGCUAAAAAACCGUAUUAUAAUCGAGAUUAUCAUGCAAAUACGGUGGUUUAUAAUUCUAAUCAUGAUUUAUAUGCUUCAAAUUAUGCUAAUUGGAGGGAUACUUUGUCCAUCAACACUCUAUUUACUGGUGGUCAAUUUAAUCCUCAAGACGUGCCUCCAAUUUGCAGGGAAGUGGCACUAAAGUACAUAGAUGAACUUACUAAGCUUGGUGACUACAUACUUACGUUACUAUCAAUUGGUCUUGGACUCAAACCCGAACGUCUUGGACAACUUGAAUGUACUUCAGGGUGGUCACUAUGUUGCCAUUACUACCCUGCAUGUCCACAACCACAAUUGACUCUAGGACUUAAUGGACAUGCUGAUAUGUCAUUUUUCACCAUACUUUUGCAAGAUCAAAUUGGUGGCCUCCAAAUUCUUCAUAAAAAUCAAUGGGUUAAUAUUACCCCUAUUGAGGGUGCCUUAACUUUUAACAUUGGUGAUGCACUUCGGAUUGCCUCUAAUGACAUUCUAAGUAGUGUGUUUCAUAGAGUGAUUUCUAGAAGUGUGGGACCAAGGAUUUCUAUUCCAUUCUUUUGCAAUGGUACUAUUGCGUCAACACAAAUGUAUGGUCCACUUAAGGAGCUAACGUCGAAAGAAAAUCCACCAAUUUAUAGGGAAUUCACGCUUGCAGAGUUUAUGACUUUUUUCCUCACCAGUAAACUUGAUGAUGUUGGAGUUAAUCAUUUUAAACUUGAGUGAUGUUAUGAAGAUGGUAACUAAAUUUUUCUAGAUGUGGUAAGGUACAACUGUUUGUAUUUAUGUUGUUUUGUUUAUGUGUUACAAAUAAACAAACCUGUAAUUAAGGUUUAUAUGUCAUAGGUAAUUGUGUUUAUGACUAGCUUGCUAUAUAAAUAAGCUCGAGUCACUAUGUGCUCGAUCUCUAGCAUAUGUUACAGUGGUUUGACGUACAAAUUACAUUUUACAAUAGAACCUUGUUAUAUGAAAUAAUAAAAGUUUGCCUUUUUCAUUAGUAUUUAUAUAAAAUUUGAAAGCUAUUGCAAACAUGUACU